AUGCGACCCAGUCCCAUCACCGUUGGCCGUGGCUGCGGCCACGCUGUCGGCCUCUUGAUCUGGGCCGCGGAAGCUCGCCUCGUUUUCCGCCAUCCGACCCCGGCCGCCCAGGACCGCCAGCCGCCAGUGAACCUUGUUCUAGAUGUGAUGCAGCAUCUGCUCUCCAUCCCGUCCCUGGGUCUCAUCUGGGAGGGUGGACCUGGCGAGAUAGAUGCAUGCCCGCCUCUCGGCCAGUUGCUCCAUCUCCACCGCCUGGCAAACGACAUCUAA